GCAGCGACAGAGGGGGGCGCUGCACGUCAAACAGAAGACACGUCAAGGUGGGUCAAAGAGACAUUUCGGGAAGUUACAGAUGGGACAGAAAACUUCUCGCUAUUCAGCGUCAACAACUCUUCUAUUUUUAUUACCUAUUCAGUCAUAAACUGUAUUCCCUCGGAGAGGCCAUGUAUCCUGUAGACCUUCCAGCUGUGGAGGACACUGACCUGAUGUCAGCAUCUGAACAUUACCUCUCCUCUCUGGAGUCCGGACCUCAGAAUGAAGAGUGGUUUCAAUUAUCACACACUGCAAAGGUAGCGAUAACUGCAAACAAUGUGAGGCGGUUGCAGCUAUUUGAUGAUGAACAAUCCGACUGUACUCUGCUGGCGCUGCACCCUCCUGACGAUCCAACACAAGUGCUGGCUCUGUACCUGCUGCAUCAGUGGUGGUGUGUAGACGACGUGUUAAGAACAUGCAGCAAGUCAAGAAGUGGCUUGAUUUCGGUGCAGUCGCUGAUGGAGCGCGUGAUCGUGUUCCUGCUCAGUCAGGUGGCGGAGAGGUCCUCUAAGGAGAAGCUGUUGUUCUCCCUGCACCCCCGCACAGAGAGCUGCAAGCUGAUGUGGAGAGACAGCCAGGCGGUGGGAUUCUACACCACCAAACACAGAGGCAGCCUGUGUGACGGGUGGAGCAGCCGCUGCUACCUGCUGCCUGCUCUGGACACGCUGCUGGUGAGGAGGAGCUGGAGGAGGAGGGGCUUCGGGCUCCACAUGCUGGAGGACUUCUGCUCCUCCUUCUCAACAGAGCAGUUCCUGGGAGUCAGCGCUCCAUUAUCACCCAGCAUGGUGACAGUGUGCAGGAGCUUCCUGCAGCAACAUAAAGAACACCAGGAGAAUCUGUACGAGGUGGAGGCUCCGGGGGGGUGGACCCAACGACGAAACAUCUGGCUCAGCAUCCAGCUGGGACGCUACACUACCCGUAUAGACGAGGAGUGUGGUCCAACAUCUGGAGGCACACAGAGGAAUAAACACUCUUCUCCGAAGACCAGUGAUCGUAGGCUGGAGCUGACCUCAGCGAGCAGCUCCGAUGUGAAAAUUCCACUGCUAACAGGCUCGUCUGCACAACUAAUGAGACCUUGUACUCCAAGCCAAGGAGGAAGCUCCCCAAGCAGCGAUAUCCCUGGGACAGGAUGUUGUCCUGGAGCCGACGCCAAAGAUCUGGACUCUGGAGCUUACUGCAGACCACCACAGUCUCUCAACACAAAGCAGGCUCUGAAAUCUAAGCCCUGUGUAUCUGCAGAGCCCCGAGAGGAAGAGGAAGAACAAGGAGAUGCCAAACGAGUUCGAAGGACAUGACAAUAUAGACACAGUGGAAAAGCUGUCAACAGUGUACAGAUAAGGGGGCUGCUCCAUGCACCUGUACCGAGGUGACCUUUUAAAAUGGUUUUCCUGGGAUGGAUUUUAUGCCGCUUUUUAGGUGUUUUUUAAAGGAUUCAUGGACAGGACAAUGGUACUAUCAAAAAGCAUUAGAUAAACUGGUUUUGUACAAACAAA